UGACCCGGGAACCUGAGCAAGAACCUAAAACCGUCAACGUCGGCCGUGUUGCUAUAUACCUAAAACUUAUUAUUAAUAAUAAAUAAUAUUUAGAUAGUCAAGGCUGUAUGGACUUAGUUCCCUUUGCCUGCAAUUAAAAAAAAGUUAUGUUUAUGUCAAUGUCAUGCUGACAGACAGCUGGCUUUAUUUUAGUAGAUUUUGCGGUCUUGCGGUGUGUGGAUAACUUAGGAAUUUUAUAAAAAUCAUUAUUAAUUAACAUUAUAUAAUUACGUUCAGUUAAUCACUAAGUUUUAUUUAUGUUUUUAACACUAUUUAAAUAUGCGCCUAAAAUAUCAUUGAGCAUACAAACACUGAAAUUCGAAAGUGAAUGUUUAUUCAACUGGUUUUUGUUACCUUCCUAGUAAUUUACUGAAUCUCUAUUUAUAAAAGUAUCUACUGUAAGAUUAGAAAAGCGAUAAGUCAUUUGAUGACGACAGUUCUUCACAUGCUACGAUUAAAGGUCGUAACCAUUACUGACUUCUCAAAAGUUUGAAGUGUUUACUUACGCUCAAGUGUCGUAUCGUAUCUCGAAAAUGGAUAGAAUAAAAUUAAUUUGGCAAAAAACUAAUCGCUGGCACCGAGUUCUGAUUGUCUUUCUUAUGGUAGAAUUACAAUUAAUUCCCAAGCAGCAGCUUGGGUUUGAUUGCAACGAUCCGACACUAUCACACAGCUUCAAAGGGGAUACAAUAUCAUUCAAAUGGCUUUCAGUCUCAGUUGUUUUCCUGCCCUUAGUAGUGUUGUUGAUUACAGAAAGAAUAUAUAAUCAAGACAAGAGAUCAAAAGAACAGGCUCUGUGCUGGUACAAAGAGUACUUGUAUGGUUUGCUCAUCAACUUGACUGUGGUGCAGAUGUUGAAGAUUCUAGUGGGUGAACCAAGGCCUCACUUUUUUGACACUUGCAAACCUAAAGAAGCAUCAACUUGUACAGGAUCUGAGUAUGUAUCCAGUUACACAUGCACGAAAGGUCAUUGGAUGAAUUAUCCUGAUACGAGUUUCCCCUCAGGUCAUGCUUCCUUAGGUAUUCACACUGGGUUUUUCAUAGCAUAUUAUUUGCACCAAAGAACGAAACUUAAUCGAUCCAGUGUCAUAUUACCAUUACAAAUUAUUUGUGUGGUGACUGCUGUGUUCUGCGGUAUAUCGAGGAUCACUGACAAAAGGCACCACUGGUGGGAUGUCUUGGCCGGAGCAGUUAUAGGAGGAACCAUAUUGGUUUAUACUAUAUUCAGUUUGUGUCGAAACUUCGACUGUCCAAUGGCAGUCUCCGUAGAAAAUGCUAAACAAAGUGAAACUUCUUUAUUGGCUGAUCAAAAUCAACACUCAUCAGUAAAAAAUGUAAACAAUUAAAUAAAAAUAAAUAUAUUAAUUAAAUAUUAAUAAUGUCAAUGUACCUCCCUUUUCUCAUUGAUAACUAAUAAACAUUUAAGUGUUUUAAAAAACGAAUAUUGAGAUCUGGAAUUGAUUUCCUAUUAUUCAAUUGUCUUUCUUAUAAUUUUUUCGUAAUUUAUCAGUGGCAAAUCCAGAAAUAGAUAAUGAAAUAAAAACCCACCUUCUAUCGUUAGUAAUGAUCUUUUUAAAUAGUAUAUGUAUAAAAUAGGAGGAUCUCGAUGGCGCAGGUGGUUAGCGCGUUCGGUUGCGAU